AUGAAUUUAAAGAAACUCUUGGUAAUCUCACAAAAACUGUUGGAGAACUCACAGGAAAAGUUGAAGGACUCCCAGGAAAAAUUGAAGGACUCACAGGAAAAGUUGAAGAACUCACAGGAAAGGUUGGAGAACUCACAGGAAAAGUUGAAGGACUCACAGGAAAAGUUGAAGAACUCACAGGAAAGGUUGGAAAACUCACAGGAAAAGUUGAAGGACUCAACUUAA